UGGGUUGGUGAUGCAUUCAUAAAGAACUUGGAUCUCUUCGCUCAGCUGGUUUUUCUGCCCUUGGAAGUGGGAGUGCCCUCCUCUCUCCCCACGGCCAGCCUCUCUCUCUCUCUCUCUUUCUUCAGUGUGUAUCCUCUCGCUCCCUCUUAGCGGAACCUUCUGUCGCAACACGCAGCAAAAUGUUUUUUGCACGGAAUUUAGUCAAAGGCAUCAUAGAUGUUGUGAGCAACGUCGACCCGGCUCAGUUUCGCUCUUCAGACCCUCCUCCUUCUCGCGGACCUCUGAACUUCGCAGAGUCUCGUGAAAAUGACGAGGAGAAACAAUUCCGGAGAGUUUUCCAACAGCUGGCCGGAGAGGACAUGGAGGUGAGCCCUGUUGAGCUGAUGAACAUCCUCAACAAAGUGCUUGGCAAACAUGGAGGCCUGAAGACGGACGGUUUCAGCAUCGAGUCCUGCAGGAGCAUGGUCGCUGUCAUGGACAGUGACAGCACAGGUAAACUUGGCUUCCACGAAUUCAAAUACAUGUGGAACAACAUUAAGAAAUGGCAGGCUGUCUAUUUAAAGUACGAUGCAGAUAGUUCCGGUACAAUAUCCUCUGGUGAACUUCCGGAGGCCUUCAAGGCUGCAGGUUUCCCUCUUAAUGACCAGCUCUACAAGCUGAUUAUCCGUCGCUAUAGCGAUGAGCAUGGCACCAUGGACUUUGACAAUUUCAUUGGCUGCCUCGUGCGACUUGACGCCAUGUGCAGAGCCUUUAAGACCUUGGAUAAGGAAAACAAAGGCAGCAUCGACCUGGACAUCAAGGAGUGGCUUCAGCUGACGAUGUACUCGUGAAGCGUUGGAGGGAAGCAGCUCCCCACAAGCCCUCUUCUCUUCUUUCAUCUCAUCCCUCCCUUCCUCCCUCUUAUUACACUCGCUUUUGGAUGUGCAAUAUUGUCUGAAAACCCCCUCAUCACCAUGGUAACGGGACCAAAAUAUCAGAGUCAAAAAGGAGAAAAAUCCCACUUGGACCAAAAUGCAAGCGACCAAAGCAGAGCUGAUGCUGCUGAUGCACCAUCCUGCUGCCGCCAGGCGGUGGUGCUAUGUUGGAUUUCUAUAUUCACAUAUAAAAGUUUAGAAGGUCUUGAUUUUUUUAUCAGGAAACAAAUAAAAUGACACAACUCAAAAUUAAAAAGUGUUUUUGGGAGUGUGACAA